AUGUUUACAUCAACUCCUAAACUAAAGUCUUACUCUUCAUAAUUAUUACUAUAGAACACAUUAUAGUAAAAAUAAUUUUAAUAACCAAUGUUUGGAGAUCUAAGUCCUUCUACUCCAUAAAAAUUUAAUAUAGUUAAAAACUUAAAAGUGUUAAAUGUUCCUUCAUAAUAAACAGAAAGCAGCUUUAGAUAGAGUAAUGGAAAGCGUAUAAAUACUUAAGAAAGUCCUUCAGUGAAUAAAGAGAACAUUAAUUAUAGAGUGGAUACUACUCAAAUAGAUAUUCAGCUUAAACAUGUUUUAAUGGAGAACAAAAAGUUAAAUGAUCUAAUAUAAAAAUUAACCAGAGAGAAAUAAUAAUUGACAGUCUCAGAUAAGAACACUGAUUUUAUAUUGUUAAAGUAAAGAGUUGAGAGACUAGAAUCAGUUAUUAAUUAAUAGAGCGAUGAGAUAGAGGAAUGGAAAAAAAAAUAUAAAGAAGUUUGUGAAUAAGACUAACGAAUAAAUGCUAUAGAUUAAAUGGUAUUAAAUAAUUUAAUUUAGGAAUAACAAAUACUUUCAGUAAUAGAAGAGAAUGAGAGAAUCAAUGAAUAAAAAUAAAAAAUGCAAUCAUAAAUCUGUAGUAUGGAAAAAGAAAUAUAAUAACUUAAUUAUUAAGUUAGUGAUUAAAAUAAUUAGAUAAUAGCUUAUGAAGAGGAAAGAAUGAAGUUAUUGAAUAAUAAUGUUAAAGAGUAGGUUUAAAAAUAAAUAGAAAAUAAAGGAGAUUUUUUGGAUUAAAUAACAACAUUAGAAAAAGUAAAUAUUGUAAUUAAAAAUAGAUGAUAUCAGAUUUGUCAACAAUUUAUAGUGUAUAAGUAUUGGAAAAUCAGAAAUUGAAUUAAAUAAUAUUUGGAUUAAAUUAAGAACAAGAAUUAAUGAAGAAAUAGUUAGAGGAAUUAAAGAAAAGCAAUAAUUUUGAAUAGAAUAGGAAAUUUUAAGAAGUGAAAUCAAUUUUAGUAAGAUUAAGAGAGAGAAUAUGA